GGUCGCUGCCUCUCUGGUGCCUAAUCCAUGUGCUUCGGGCUCACAUGGACCGAAGGAGCAGCAGUGCAUGUGAGCGCUUCUGCAGCGCCUUCUGAACCAACCUCGCCUUCGCUUUUCGUUGCCUCGACAUUAUGGCGCUAGUGGUGGUGGUGUGAGGGUGUGCACUUCUACGACACAUACACUCGAGUUCUCUCACACAUGCGCACAGGCACGUAGGAGCAAGAUGGGCCCACAGUGAGAAGCAACGAAGACUUGUGGGGAUGCCUUGUGUCGAGGUCGAACAGUGAGUUCAUUGGAACGUUCUCGGGGAAGGUCAGGUCCCACCCGCCCCGGACCGCGCGGUCGGGUCAGCUCGGCUCCGGGCUCUCCGGCGAGAGAAAGGAGAGGGAGGCGAAGACUCAUGACUCCCAAGGUAUGGGAUGGCAUUCGGUAGAAAGCUUGAUUUUUUCCUUGUCGCUGUGUUUUCAAGAACUGCAGAUUUUGUGGUCCUAGUAAUUAUGAUGCUCGCACAGCAAAGAGCUUAUUGAGCACGAAACAAUUUUGUAUGUUCUGUGCGGGCGGGUAUUAUGUCUGUACUCCAGUGAGGUGACUCAUUGUAUCCAUAGAAGGUGGCUUUACCCCUUAGAGCAUAUACUUUAAAAAAAUUAUGGUACUAAUGUGGUCACUAAUGAAAGGGGAAUAGCAGACUUACCUCGUUUUACUCAGAUCGAACCCUUCAAGCUUGCGUCUUCUCCCUACCCUCGAGAUGAGAUGAAGGAAAAGGCUAGUCGAUGGGGUAUCAAAAGCAAUUAUGUCUAGCUGUCAUCUUCGUAUCCUGAUUUUCUGCCAUACUCAAGAAAAGUAGCGCAUGCAGAGGUAGAACAGCGUCCGGAGUGAAAAGAGUUCCCGCAAAGAGUAUGGACAAGGUUCAUUUACUUCGGGCUUCUGCUUUUCAGCCAAGUGUUUCAUACUCCUUAUGUACGUAAGGUCUCAUCCA